CAUUAGCAAGUGGAAGUUCUUCAGAGGCAGGAGGGUAUAAGAGGGAGAGAAGAAGUAACCCACAAAGGAGAACUCAGCAGCAGUUCUAUUGGAUGCCUCAUGUGCUCAGAAGGGGAAGGCAACUUUGAAGCUCAGACGCAUUAACAGCUGCAGAAACAUAGGGAGCUCAAGCAACCCUCUGGAAACCUCUGGCGAGGAGUAAAACACCAGGAGAGAAGGACUUGCAUUCCCGCAAUGGCAUCUGCUCAUCUGCUCCUGCUCUUCUUCUCCCUGGCUUUCACCAGUGUUUGUGGCAAUUUGGGGCAGUCAUUUCCAGAAGAAGAUGAGAAUGAGGAAAAGGCUCAUUUGGAUGACAUUUUCCAAAGGGCAGAGAGCAUCAUCUUGAGGUCUGUUUUCAGGAAAAUGGAAGAGGAUGAAGAGGAUCCCAACAAAGAUUUAAAUACUCCCCAGUUGGACCUGAUCACCAAAAGGCAGCACCCUGGGAAGAGAGAUCUAUACAGUCUGGAAAAGAGGCAACAUCCUGGGAAAAGAGACCAAGAUGAUGGUUUUGAUCUCUACUCAGAACUGCAGAAGAGGCAGCAUCCUGGCAGACGAUCCCUAUGGGAACAAUACCUUGACAUCCCCAACAGCCAGCUGGCUUAUCUGAAUGAAUUAUCUAAGAGGCAGCAUCCAGGUAAGAGAUACCUGGCAUACAGCAAGCGACAGCACCCUGGAAAGCGAAGUUGGGAUGAAGAGACCGAGGAAGUAGAGCAGAGCCUGGAGAAACGGCAGCAUCCAGGGAAGAGGUAUCUGAGUUCGGAGAGUCCAGAUUACACUGCUCCCUGCGACCUGCAGGAUUCCUUGGAAUGCAGCAAAGGCAGCUUGCUGCUUGAGUUGCUAGAUAGCGUUAGCCAAGGCCGGGGAGAAGAGAAGCGGCAACAUCCUGGAAGAAGGUCUUUGUUGGAUGGGGAGGUGGAGGCAGAGGAGUGAGGUACAGCGUGUCUCUCUCCAUGUUUGUUCAUUGUUUACAUUCCUUUGAAGGACCCCCACCCAAGUCUCCAGACUUUUCAGAAGCCCACUCAUAUAUGCCCUUUUCAACUCUGCUUGCUGACCUACUUCAUUGGUAGUUCUUCACCGUAUGUUCCUUCCUGUCAGGCUACGAUUUGGCUGGAGCAGUGCAUGGAAGUGUGGAUUUCAUUUUAAGGACACACUGAGAGGCACGUUGUCUGGCUUGUCCAUCUGCUUAAAAUGAAGCUGUCUUAAUAAAGUAUAGUUCUGGUAUUAUUA